AUGUGCAAAAUGUUCCAAGCUAAUGGGACUAAUCUGAAUCAUGCCAGCAACAGCUACGAGGGAGGUAGCCAACCACCAGCCUAUAAGCAAUUCAUGAGCUUCAAACCAGUAGACUUUAAAGGAAGCACUGAUCCAAUGGUUGCUGAAGAGUGGAUGCAGUCAAUGGAGACAAUUUCCGAGUUUAUGCAAUGCAGCAACUCAGAUAGGCUAAGGUGUGCAUCUUUCAUGUUCAAGGACGACGCUAGAAUCUGGUGGCAGGGAGCCAAGUCCACUCUAGACCUUAAUGCAGCAACCUGGGAAGAAUUCAAGGUUGUAUUCUAUGGCAAAUACUUCACUUUAAGCACUAGGAACAAGUUGGUCAGGGAGUUUCUGGAAAUCCGCCAAGGAGAUUCAACAGCAGCUGCUUCCCGACAACCACUUUCAAGAGGUUUUAGGACUCCCCCAUUUAUUUCAUCAUUCCUCUUGGAAAAGAGAAGGAUCAAUGUCACUGGGUUGAUCGACGACGAAAACGUUGAAUCCAUAAUUUUUCAACUCAUGUACUUUGAGUAUAGGAAACCAAAAGCGCCAAUCCAAAUGAUUAUCAAUUCUGGGGGAGGAUUAAUAACUUCAGGACUUGCUGUUUAUGAUCAAAUGAAGGCGCUGAAAUGUCCUGUACACACUUGUUGUGUCGGGAAUGCAGCAUCCAUGGCUGCAGUGUUAUUGGCAGGAGGGGAGAAAGAAUUUCGAUAUGCUUCCGCGAACAGCUCCGUGAUGAUCCACUCUGCCAUAGGUGGAUAUCAGGGAAGCUCAAAAGACGUACAAAUUACAUUUAAUCAACUAAUGGCAGAGGAGAACAAAAUUGUUCUCGCUUUGGCAAGAGACACCGGAAGUUCAAUCGAUGUUAUCAGGAAAUGUAUUGAGAGGGAUAACUUCAUGUCCCCUCAACAGGCCAAGCAUUUAGGAUUGAUCGAUAUCAUAGGUAUCCUUCCCCUCAUUCUCUCGCCAAAACAUGAACAUCCCAAGGCCGACAAUGAUAUGAAUUAG